AAUGCCUCUCCAAGGGUUUAAUUGAAUAACUUAUUCGUUUCGCUCAAGCGAAGUCAACUUUUGUAUAUUUCGUUAUUGCUAUCACAUUUCGUCGCAAUAUUUAUUUAGUUACGCGGUGCCUCUUUGAUUUACCAUCGACUUCAACACUUGUUUCUGACUGUAUCAAAUUAUGUUAGGGACAUUUAACUCGCAUCACCGCUACCAUCAUUGAGGCGAAAGUAAAAUUAUCAACGACUCGCCCGAUUUGGUGCAUUUCAGUUGUGUUCAAUGUCCCGUGACAACCUGCCAUACAAAGAUACCGAUUCCAUCAGAACAUUUAUGGAUGCUGUGUUUCUCUGUUUUCAUUGUAGAUAACUUCAGUCAACUGUAUCCAUAAUUAUCAACAUAGAAAUAAAAGUCAUUUGGUCUACAAUAUGUGUACCACUUGGAGAUGUCCCAGCCAGUAACAGAUAUUCUAGUGUUACAUAGAAAAGAUAUCUACAUUGCAUAUUUUCUACAUAAGUAAACAGAGUCCCAUGAUUUGGACAUCAUAAGACAAGAAACUGAACCAUAAUAGAUUAUAACCACAGGCAUCAGUUUUCAAGAAUUCCUCCAGAGUUAAUAUGGAGGAUGGUAAUCACUCAGACACUUCUAACACAAAUGUUUCUGAGAAUAUAGAUUCGAUUAAACAGACAUCUGAUGCUGAAGAACCAUUAUCUCAUGGUAAGAAACCUUUAUCCUCUAAAAACAAGUCACCUACAAGAAAUAUUAAUUGUGAAAUAUGUGGAAAAACUUUUGAGAAUUCCAGUAAUUUAAAAAGACACAAAAGAUUACACACUGGGGAAAAACCAUUUAAGUGUGAUAUUUGUGGAAAGUCGUUGAAUCAGAAAUACCACCUUAUUGUCCACAAGCGUAGUCACACUGGAGAAAAACCUUUCCGCUGUGAAUUAUGUGGCAAGUCUUUUGUUGAUAAUUAUUAUCUAAAGGUUCACAAAAAGAGGCACACUGGACAAAAUUGUUUUAAUUGUGAAAUAUGCCAAAAGUUUUUUCCUUACAAUUAUCUCCUUGUUCUCCACAUUCGUAGUCACACUGGAGAGAAGCCCUUCCACUGUGAAAUAUGUGGAAAGUCGUUUGCUGAUAAUAGUUUCUUAACAAAGCACAAGAGAACCCAUUCUGAAGAAAAAUCUUACCACUGUGACAUAUGUGGGAAAUUAUUUGUCAGUAAUACUGUCUUGAAAAUUCACAGAAGAAUUCACACUGGAGAGAAACCUUACCAUUGUGAUAUUUGUGGUAAAUCUUUUGCCAUUAAUAGUUCUUUAACAAGUCAUUUAAGGAUUCACACUGGAGACAAACCUUAUUGUUGUCAAAUAUGUGGAAAAUCAUUUGUGGUAAAAAGUAAUUUAACAAGGCAUGAACGAAUUCACACUGGAGAGAGACCAUUCCACUGUGAUAUAUGUGGAAAAUCAUUCGUCGACAAUAGUGAUUUGACAAAGCACAGAAAAAUUCACACUGGUGGAAAACCAUUUAAAUGUGAAACAUGUAGGAAAUCAUUUGUCAAUAUGCAUUCUCUUGGAGUUCACAAAAAGUUACACUCUGAAGGAAAGCUUUUGAAUUGUGAAGUAUGUAGGAAAUCCUUCUUGGAUAACUCUCAACUGCUUCGUCACAAAACAGUCCACACUGGAGAAAAACGAUUCCACUGUGAAGUGUGUGGAAAAUCAUUCAGGAAAAACUCGCUGCUUGUUGUCCAUAUACGUAUUCAUACUGGAGAGAAACCUUACCACUGUGAAAUGUGUGGAAAAUCAUUUGUAGUUAAAAGUAAUUUAACAAGUCACAAACGAGUUCACACUAGAGAAAAACCAUUCCACUGUGAAAUAUGUGGGAGGUCUUUCAUGAAGAACUCAGUACUUAUUACUCAUAUACGGAGUCAUACUGGAGAAAAGCCUUACCAUUGUGAUAUAUGUGGGAAGUUCUUCAGUGCCAAUUCUUAUCUUGUAGUUCACAAAAGAAUACAUGAAGGGAAGCCCUAUUAUUGUGAUGUGUGUGGAAAAUCAUUCUUGAUUAAGUCUCUACUUCUUCGUCACGAAAAAGUACACAGUGGAGAAAGACCAUUCCAGUGUGAAACGUGUGGGAAAUCCUUUUUGGAUAAAUCUCGACUUGCUCGGCAUGAAAGAAUACACACGGGAGAAAAACCAUUCUCUUGUGAUAUAUGUGGGAAAUCCUUCAUGGAUAAUUCUCGACUUCUUCAUCACAGAGGCAUACACACAGGAGAAAAACCAUUCCAUUGCGAAACUUGUGGGAAAUCUUUCUUGGAGAAGUCUCAUCUUGCUAGUCACAAAAGAGUACACACUGGCGAAAAACCUUUUUUUUGUGAUAUUUGUGGUAAAUAUUUCUCUUCUGGCAGUAAUUUAACAAGGCACAAGGUACAACACAUUGGGAAAAAAGAAUUCCACUGUGAAAUAUGUGGGAAAUCUUAUUUCAGUAAUGAUGAUUUAAGAAGACAUAAAAGAAUUCAUGAUGGAGAAAAAACAUUUCACUGUGAAAUUUGCGGGAAAUCGUUCUUCGAUAAUUCUAAUCUUAUCGUUCACAUCCGUAGUCACACUGGAGAAAAGCCUUAUCAUUGUGACACAUGUGAGAAAUCAUUUACCUGUAAAGGUGACUUGAAUAGACACAAACAAAGACACACUGGAGAAAGGCCUCAUUAUUGUGAAACAUGUGGGAAAUCGUAUUUCUGUAAAAGUGAUUUAAAUAACCACAAACGGUCGCACACUAAAGGGAAGGCUUUGAAUAGUGAGACCUGAGAAGUCUCUCUGUUGCAAGUCUAAACUUUUAGUCUAUCAAAGAAAAUGAUUACAGACGUAUUUUUUUCACAACAAAUGUCUUCCAUUAUAUGUAAAGAAUAAAAAGUUUAGGAAGGUAUAACAAUGCACUAUAGAACAAAAAAUGGACUAUAUACCUGUUGUAACUUGGUAAACUAUAGUCCGAUGAUAUUUCGGAAUUAGAAUUCCUUCUUUAAAUCUUAUUUGC